AUGAACGAUUGGCCGGAGAUCUAUUUGGAUUUUGGUAACAAUACUGUCCAAUUCAAUUGGAAAAUGGACGAAAUUGACGAAGAUAUGCCAGGGAAAUUGAAGAAUUUGCGUGUUCAUGGGGAAAACAUUGCAGAUUGGAAUGUUUUAAUGAAAGGACUACAGCCAGAAGAAGAAAGAAGAAUACAAGCAGAAGGAGAGGAAAAACGAAAGGAGUACACAAUUCAGAAUGAUUAUGGGAUUCGCGCUAGAAUCAAGAUGUUUGAUGAUAUGCCUGCUCAUGUUUCUUUUGAGCUUACUGUUUUAAUUUAA